UCGAGGCUAUUCAAAGCGUUGCGGAGCAACCGGGAACCGGCCCGCCCGACCCGAAGUCAGUCUCUCAGUUGCUCGUUUACGAGGCGGUCGUAAGAGUAUCAGUUAUUUGAACGCGCGCGUUGUGUUAACACAAAAAAUAAAUCGACGCGACAGUUUGUGCUUUACUCGAUAGACUUGAGUGAAAAAGUAUUCAAAAUGACCUCAGAAGCCAUACCAACAACUCCCGAAACCCCUGAGAAGCCGAAGGAGGUAAAAGAUGAGUCCACGGUAGACAAUGGGCAGACUAAAGAGGAGCCGCCGGCGACUGAGGCGAAGGCAGAAAAAGUAGAGGAGAAAAAACCAGAAGCAGCUCCCCCGAAGCCGAACGUACAUAAGACUAACUUUGAGAAGGACGUCGUGUACCUAUAUCAAUUCACACGUACACCCGUAUUGCCCUCGACUUCUCCUUAUUGCUUGAAAGUUGAGACAUGGAUACGUCUGGCCGGCAUCAAGUACCAGAAUGUGGACCACAAGGCUAAAUUCCGAUCCAAGAAAGGGCAACUGCCGUUCGUCGAAUUGAACGGGGAGGAGAUUGCUGACAGUGCUAUUAUUAUCAAAGAGCUCUCAAAUAAAUUUGAUAAAAACCUCGACGCGGGCUUGACCGCCGAACAGCGUGGAAUUUCUCACGCUAUGGUGUCGAUGAUUGAGAACCACUUCUCAUGGGUGGUGCUGUGGUGGCGUGCCAAGUAUCCGGAAAGCAUGAUUAAAGGAUACCAAGUAAAUCUUCGUAAUGCUCUCAACACUCGUCUGCCGAACCCGAUCUUGAACAUUUGCUUCAAGUUCACUGCUGCACGCAAGGGGAUGAAAAAGGCCAAGGCGCAUGGCAUCGGCCUUCACACCGAGGAAGAGAUCGUAGAAUUUGGGAAGUCUGACUUGAACGUGCUCUCCGAAUUGCUCGCUGACAAGCCUUACUUCUUUGGUGACGAACCUACCUUGUUGGACGUGGUAGCGUUCGCCAAUCUUGCUCAGCUGCAUUUCAUUGACAAGGAAGUGGAUUAUCCUCUGCGCGAUACUAUGCAAGAAUCCUACCCCAACUUGGUGGGGCUGGUGACCCGCGUGAAGGAACGCGCUUUCCCUGAUUGGGAUGACAUCUGCCGGACGCUCGAUAUGAACGCUCACCUGCCCAAGCCAAAGGACCAGGGGAAGGACUCUAAGGAAGGCACCGGCCCCGCUGAAAAGCAGCCAUUGGCCGAUGACACUGAAAAGGGCAAGGGCGACGAAAAGGAGAAAGAGCAGGAGAUGGAGCCCGAAGAUAAGGAAGAGAAGUAGAUCGGUAGUUAAUGCAACUGCCGUACAGUGGGCGAAACGCAUCCCAACGUCCAACUAUACGUAUCUCGUAUAUUAAACGUCGUUUCGCCCAUAAUAACAUUUUAUUUACAUUUAUUAAUAUUAACAUUUUAAGAGUCAGACUCGUAGUAGUUUCUGUAUAAUGAAAUCAUGUAAAUCCAUUUGUCUUUCCCGUUUCUUUCAGUUGUCGACGGUCGCGCACCUCGAAGCAGUGUCUCGCGUUUUCAUUAUUUUUUACGUCAUUAUAGAUAGAUCAACUCAUAUUGGCGCGUGAUCACAUCUUCGAAACAUUUUUAUUAAAAUAAUCUUAUCUCUCUGAAAAAAAAAACUAGAUUUAAGCUAUUUAGAAUAGAUUUUCAGGAAACGAAAUUCUCGGUUAAGUCGCAGAAGUUGAAGCUACAUAUUGACCUAAGCAAGACGCUAACGCGCCAAUUUGAGUUGAACUAUGUUUAGCUCGGUUAUUAUUUUGUACGUUAGUGUUGCGUAUUGAGAAUAUUUUCCAUUUUUUCGAUUUCUGGUUUUGCUUAUUGUAAUUUUUUAUUCGAUAUACUAGGUCUAGGUCUUAUAUAAUUAUAGGCAUUACAUAUUAGAUUAAUUAUAUUUAAUUAAGUAAUUAAAAUUUAAUUAUUAAGGUACUUACAGGAUUAGGUCUUGUCAUUUCAAGAUAUGUCUGCCAAAUUUAUAUCUUAUUUAUUGGCACGUUAGGGAGCAUCGCAUGACGUAUUCUUAAUAUGUAGUAUCCAUUUUAAUAUAAUAUUAAGGA